UCCGUGAGCGCCAGGACAAGGAACCAAUGGGCGCGUCGCGGCGAGGCGGCGGGACUUCCGCCGGCGAACCCGUGGAGAGCGGCUGCGCGAAGGAAAGGACUUCCUUUUCGAGGGUGGCGGCCAUCGCGGACGGAGCGCCAUGAAGGCUUCGGGCACACUGCGGGAGUACAAGGUGGUGGGCCGCUGCCUGCCCACGCCCAAGAGCCCCGCGCCGCCGCUCUACCGCAUGCGCAUCUUCGCGCCCAACCACGUGGUGGCCAAGUCGCGCUUCUGGUACUUCGUGUCGCAGCUGAAGAAGAUGAAGAAGUCGUCGGGCGAGAUCGUGUACUGCGGGCAGGUGUUCGAGAAGUCGCCGCUGCGCGUGAAGAACUUCGGCAUCUGGCUGCGCUACGACUCCCGCAGCGGCACGCACAACAUGUACCGCGAGUACCGCGACCUCACCACGGCCGGCGCCGUCACGCAGUGCUACCGCGACAUGGGCGCCCGGCACCGCGCGCGCGCGCACUCGAUCCAGGUGAUGAAGGUGGAGGAGAUGGCGGCGGCGCGCUGCCGGCGGCCGGCCGUGAAGCAGUUCCACGACUCGCGCAUCCGCUUCCCGCUCCCGCACCGCGUGCUGCGGCGCCAGC